AUGGGCCUGAUUCCGAGAAAAAUGUCCAAUGUCGACUACACGCUGUACCCCGGGACUUACAAGGACAGAUUCUUCGCACGGUUCGUUCUGGGCCCGACGUUUGCAGACGAGCAUUUUCGUGCCCUUGCCACGCGACUUUAUGCUGCCAUGCCGUUGCUCAAAGAUGCUUUUCUGGCAUGCGCUGGCAUUUGUGCAGACAAUCCAGCUCCAGGUGCAACGCGUCUCAAUGUGACCUACUAUUAUCACAAAGCCACCUCAGCUCUCAGCACGUUUCGGUCCUUUCAGAUCUCCAGUUCACAAGAUAGAUCUCUCUAUUUGAGCCUCGCCUUGGCUGUUUCGACCUUCAACAUCUUCGUGGUUGGUGGCAGCGCCUUCCGCCUCUGCAGAUACACGCUCCCUGCGCUGGAGUCUCUCAAUGGUGGCCACGCAGAGAUCGACAACGAUGAUCUCGCUUUCCUGAUCUGCAUACUUCAUAUUGAACUCGAGGGGUGUCUGUUUCGGCAUCAGGUGCCUAGUUUUCGAUUCCGAAACCGGGCAGAAGGCUUGACAAACCGCUAUCUAGGAUUGUCAGCACCACUGCUCUCCUACGGCUACGACCUUUGCCUCCUGUCCACCAAGCUUUGCAAUCCCGACGAAGACAGCCAUCAGAGCUUUUUGAUGCAACUCCAGUCUCUGGAAGCCAAGAUAUCUGACUGGCGACCCACGUACCCAACGGACUUCUUGAGCCGAUAUUCUCAGGGUGAGGUGGCGCAUAUGCUUUCACAGGCACACAUCUUUCGUCAGAGCCUAUUGUUGAUUGCUCAUCGACUCCGACAUCCCUUUGGCACAUGUAUGAAUCGCUCCAAAGCCCUGUCCGACAUGAUCCUCGAUCAGUUUGACUCGAUCUCUAGUCUGGUCAACAGGACGGUCGUGUCAAUGGAUUUUGCCCUUCUCGUGGCAGCUUUCGAAGUUCGCGAUCCAGCGAAACGCCAGAAUGUUCUGGACAAGGUCACCUUAUUCCAAGAUCUCCCAUUUACGUACCAGGUCCGGUUGAAGUCAAUCAUGACGACUUUCUGGCGAACAGUGGAUGAGAAACCUGGACUGUUCUGGUUUGAUCUACACAGAUACCUGGCCCCGUAUUUGGAUUGA